CAGGUACUUCCGCUCGGGGCGGCGGCGGUGGCGGAAGUGGGAGCGGAGCCGGAGUCUUGGCCUUAAAGCCCUAGGCGGCGGCUGUAUUGGUGCUGGAGUCUGGGGAGAUCGCCGAAGGGUCUGCGGGAAUUGGAACUUGGACUGCUCGGUCCCCGUCAUCCCUUGCACCUCCUUCUCGGCGGGAGCCCUUGUGACACGCCCGGCUCGGAGCGCCCAGCGGAGCGGCCGAGUUUGAAGGAUGACCUCUAGGAAGAAAGUGUUGCUGAAGGUUAUCAUCCUGGGAGAUUCAGGGAGAAAAUACAACCUCAAAUGAGUAAUGCUGGGAAUUUUGCUGUCUGCCCUGUGUGUGAGCUCAGUUUCCCGUUCUUCACAACAGAGUUGGUAAGACAUCACUCAUGAACCAGUAUGUGAACAAGAAAUUCAGUAAUCAGUACAAAGCCACAAUAGGAGCAGACUUUCUGACAAAGGAGGUGAUGGUGGAUGACAGACUAGUUACAAUGCAGAUCUGGGACACAGCAGGACAGGAACGGUUCCAGUCUCUCGGUGUGGCCUUCUAUAGGGGUGCAGACUGCUGCGUUCUGGUAUUUGAUGUGACUGCCCCCAACACGUUCAAAACCCUUGAUAGUUGGAGAGAUGAGUUUCUCAUCCAGGCCAGUCCUCGGGAUCCUGAAAACUUUCCUUUCGUGGUGUUGGGAAAUAAGAUUGACCUUGAAAACAGACAAGUGGCCACGAAACGAGCACAGGCCUGGUGCUACAGCAAAAACAACAUUCCCUACUUUGAGACCAGUGCCAAGGAGGCCAUCAACGUGGAGCAGGCAUUCCAGACGAUUGCACGGAAUGCACUUAAACAGGAAACGGAGGUGGAACUGUACAAUGAAUUUCCUGAACCCAUCAAACUGGACAAGAACGACCGGGCCAAAGCCUCGGCGGAAAGCUGCAGCUGCUGAAUGGGCAGUCCGAGCAGAGCACAGAGCCCUUCACAAACGAAGAACACACUUAGGCCUUCCAACACAAACUCCCCUCUCCUCUUUCAAACAAAACAUAUACGUAAAGUAAUCUCAUAUCCAGCUGCCAAAAGAAACCCCACCAGACACACCCCUCCAUACAACACACAGACCUGACACAGCAGAGACUCCAGCAGCCCAGGCCUACGGUGGCUCCAUCAGGGUCUGCCCACACACUGCAUCUGCCCUCAUGUGGCAACAGGAUGGGCCAGCUGUAGAAAUUGUUCUGGUGUACAGUCGAAUCAGAAGCCUAUUCUUUUCGUCCACCAGGGAGAGAGAACUGUUUACAGUUAAUCUGUGUCUAAUUAGUUAUCUUGAUUUUUUUUUAAAAAAACGGUCUUGUGAUCUUUUUACCCCCUCCUCUCCCCGCUCCGUGAAGGCUAUCACUUGGGAAGGCUGGUGCCCCAUGCUUCAUUACAGGCUCACACCCAGUCUGAUCAGGCUGAGUUUUGUAUGUAUCUGUUAAUGCUUGUUACUUUUAACUAAUCAGAUCUUUUUACAGUAUCCAUUUAUUAUGUAAUGCUUCUUAGAAAAGAAUCUUAUAGUACAUGUUAAUAUAUGCAACCAAUUAAAAAUAUAUAAAUUAGUGUAAGAAAUUCUUGGAUUAUGUGUUUAAGUCCUGUAAUGCAGGCAUGUAAGAUGGAGGGUUGAACCCUGUCUAGAUUGCAGAUUGUUAGCAACUCAGAAUUCAGAAAUCCAGCUAGAGGCAGUAUUCUGUACAGUAGGCACAAGAAUUAUGUACGCCUUUUAUCAAAGACUUAAGAGCCAAAAAGCUUUUCAUCUCUCCAGGGGGAAAACUAUCUAGUUCCCUUCUGUAUCUAAAUUUUCCAAAAGGUUGAUUUGCAUAAUACAGUGGUGUGUGCAGUGGAUAAAUGACUGUUGUUAAAAUUCUUACUCUUUUUUUCCCCCCCCUGCUCCACACUUUGAAACUUCCCAUUAGAUCAGCAUCCUGCUUAUACAGGAAAAGGAAAAUCCUAACAGAUCUGUCCUAGUGAUUUUACCUUUGUUCUAGAAGGCACUCCUUUCAGGGUUGUGGCAUCCUUAGGUUAGCAAACCUUUUUCUCCUUUUCCCCACCAACUCCCCAAUAUUGCCCGUUAUUGCUUAACCUGUUUCUUUGGUAUGGAACCCUGGCAGUUUUGCGCCCUCCCUAGGAUCUGCCCCUGCAUUGUAGCUUGCUUAACGAAGCACUUCCGUUUUUCCCUAAGGUCUGCAUUCUAGGGUGUAGGCCGAGUUCUUCUGUAAAGAGAUGAACGUGAUGCCAAUAAAAUGUAACAAGAGCAAAGAC